GUGACUUCAAGCACGAUUAUAUCUACCGGUGUGAUUCGUGAAAGUGAUUGUUUUUGGUUGUGAUUUUUGUUUUCACUUGACAUUAUCACUGCACAGACGUUACGCUCAAUUUUUUCGCCAAAAGCGACAUCUGCUGGUGGGUAGUUGAGUUGUCGCAUGUUGCGUGCAAGUUCGCUUCCAUUGACGCACGUUACCCGUUAGCGUUUUCCUGUGCAUAUUGCAUACCCGCUAGGCGUUAUUUCUACAUCAACAGCAUGGCUUGUAAGAACUGCUCGAAAGUGGUUAAUGAUUCUGAUCGAAUCACAUGUCGUGGAUACUGCGGAAAUUCGUUCCACAUGAUAUGCGUCAAGAUGGAUUAUGAUGUUCGUGACGUCCUGGGAACCCACCCACGGAAUCUAUUCUGGAUGUGCGACGGCUGUGCUGACUUAUUCUCGAAUGAUAAUUUCCGUAGAAUGGCUUCGCGUUGUUGCGACAUAGUGCCUGACAACAAUUCUCUGAAAUCUAUAAAGAACGACAUAGCUGAUUUGAAAGAUGUCGUCAAAGCUCUCUCGGUUAAAGUUGACUCAAAACCGCUAUCCCCAACUAUAACGCCUUGGAAUCGAAUUGCUGAAUAUAAUCCAGUUUCAAACACGCCUAAGCGCAAACGGGAAGAUGAUUCGCUCAAAACAAAAAUUCCAAAUAUUCGUGGAUCCAAAGCUGCGUUUGAAACAAUAAAAACAAUUUCACCACCUGAGGAGCUGUUAUGGGUUUACUUGUCAGCAUUCGAUCCCAGCACGACGGAUGAUGAAGUUUCUACCCUUGUGAAAGAUUGUCUGGGGGAGAAUCUGCAACCGAGAAUAGUUCGUCUAGUUCCUAAGGACAAGGAUCUCUCAACUUUGAGCUUCAUUACGUUCAAAGUUGGCGUUAGCAAAUCAUACAGGGAUAAGGCUCUGUCCAAAGACUCUUGGCCGGAGAACAUCUACUUUCGUGAAUUUGUGACCAAUUCAAAAAUCCAACGACCUAUCAUCAGGAUUACGGCGGAGAAGAAUCCAUCUGGUGGUGAACAGUAGCGCCAAGCUGUUCCGGAUAAACUCAUCUGUCCAACUUCUUGUAUCCCGGCGAGCGAUUUAGGUUUACCUGGAGAAUCGGCGACUUUUUCUGUGUCAGGUAAAGCCAAGAAGGGUAUAUGUCCUUCCGAAGCAAUACAAGAUGCUGCACGCCCUCAAUGUAAAUUUCACUUACAGUCUGCUGAUGAACACAACUCUACCGCCGCUGUGAAUCUUCAAUGUCAAAAACAAAAUUUGGAUCCCAUCGUAACGAGCACGUCUCUUCAUAGCACAUUCGGCUCUACAACGAUCACAGAAGGACUAAGCACUCUAUGCUAUGCUGGUAUGACUCAUCGCACCCUGGGACGCACUGCUGCUAGCACUAUGGAAGCCCUAGAUCCCCCUGCCACAGUCGAGCCAUUGCAGCCAGCGUUCACCAGUCGUCCCGGUCCUGUGUGCAGGAGUGGUGAAGGGGUCUUCCAAAUCGAUACCAACGGCAAUCAAUCGCGGCAUUCAAACCUACAAAUAUAUUACCAGAAUGCCGGUGGUAUGAAUUCAGUAAUCGAAGAUUAUUUGGUAGCAAGUUCGGAUGAAUGCUUCGACAUAAUCGCCCUCACAGAGACGUGGCUUGGCGAUAGCACUCUGUCAGUGCAAGCAUUUGGUGCCAACUACGAUGUUUUCCGAACUGAUCGCAGCUCACGUAACAGUCUCAAGGCUACCGGCGGCGGGGUACUUGUGGCUAUCCAUCGUCGAUUGAAAGCGCAACUGAUUGACGAUACUUUGGGGGUCUGUGUCGAGCAGGUGUGGGUGCGAAUCAAACUGGCUGGCUACGCACUUUUUCUUUGCGUGGUUUAUCUUCCACCGGACCGCACUCGCGAUUCGACAUUGAUUGAUUCACAUACUGAGUCACUGGAACGGAUUUCCGCUUAAGCAAGCCCGGUUGAUGAGAUCCUGAUUGUUGGUGAUUUCAAUUUCUCCGGAUUAAAAUGGCGCUCUGCUUCUGACGGAUUUAUGUUCGCUGAUCCCGAAUUGUCAU